AUGAAUUUGACGAAAAUUGGAAAGCCGCUCGAAUAUUGGAUUGGUAAGUACUACUAGAGAUAGCUAGAUAGCUAGACUCAGUGUUCGACGAUGGAUGUUUUAGGGCGAGCAACGGAUCCGUAUUUGGAGAAAAGUGAUCGUGACAAAUGUUUGGAGAUUCUGGCGAAUAAGAUAAAUACAGAAGCUGAAGCUGCAACAAUUUGUGUUGAUUUAUUGGCACAUAAAAUUGUUAGCCCAGAUCAAGAUGAAGCAUUGACCAGUAUUCAGGUAAGAUAUUUUUAGUCUGUUUCCUGUUUUUGAGCAAUUUUUUGUAAUUAUUUUGAAAGUACAUAUCUCUUGAUUGUUUACAGACGGUGGAUUAUCUCAUGAGAAAUUGUGGCGAUAAAGUUCAUACGCGUGUUGGAAAAUAUAGAUUCCUCAAUCAACUUGUCAAAUUAUUAACUCCUAAAUAUUUGGGAUCACAAACGUCCAAAGAGGUCAAAAAUCUUGUGAUCUCUCUAAUGUAUACAUGGCAGAAAUCAAUAAAACAUAUAACAAAAUAUAAAGAAGUCUAUUCAACUCUUAAAUCGAACGGAUUAAUUACCGAAGAUCCGAAAAUCCCCGAGGAUCAGAUUACAGUAAUCCCACGUAAGCUCAUAUUUUUCAUCGUUUUUUUAUAGUCUAAAAAAAUAUAUUUUUAUGGCUUAAAAAAUGGUUGCUAGGCAGAUGAAAUUAAAGCUAGAAAGCGUCUGUCAUAAUUGUUUAAAUGUCUUCAGCUCCACCGGCUCGUUGUGCUGUUUUUGAGGAUGAAGAAAAAUCGAAAUUACUCAAAACUCUACUUGCUAGCAGUAAUCCGGAUGAUUUACAAAUGGCCAAUCAACUCAUCAAAAGCUUAGUCAAAACGGUUGGUGAUACAUUUUUAUGUUGAAAAAAAAACAAUUUUUGAUCAUCAAGUUAUUUUUAGGAAGAGAACAAAAUGGCAAAAAAACAUGACAGAAGAAAAAAAUUAGAUCAAGCCCUCUUCUUAUGUAAAGCAAUUGAGCAAAUGAAAAUGGAAAAGACAGCACAUGCACUAGGACUCGGAUCUUUUUCACCUGAAGCAGAUACAAAAUUAUAUGUGAGUGCUUGAUGUUUGAUUUACUCUAGACAAAAUGAGCAUUUUCAGCGAGCUUAUGAUGAGUUGAGCACUCUACAAAACAUCAUUUACAAUUAUGCUACUGAACUAGCUGAAGCAAAUGAUCCAUGUUUGGAAGAAGUUUUGAGUAUCAAUGAUACUAUUAAUAAAAUUAUGCCCGAUUUCAAAGAUGAUCUUGGAAGAAAUCGAAUGGAUAAGAAAGAUAAAUACUUGUGUAAGAAAGUCUCUUCAAAAAUGCAUUCAAAAUAUUCUAUUUCAGUACUUAUGGAUAACGAAGAGUUGGUAAAUUUGAAUUCUCCAAUUGUUGAAAAAGAACCCGAAGAAUCAUCAAGUGUAGAUUGUCUUGAUGGAAGUUUGUUAAAUAAUAUGAUUGAAACUGAUCAUGGAGAUGAUGUUCACGAUGUUCCAUUUAUUGGAUUCGAUAAACAUAUGACUCCUGUUCUUCCUAGAAGAUCUGGUCGAAAAACCAUACUACCACCUCCACCAGCUGAUAAUUCAAUCUUCGAAACUGAUUAUCUUGCGGAUCAACGUCUCCCAGAAGCUCCAAAACCACCAACAUUGAAUCAAUUGACAGCGGCCAAACCAAUCUUGCCAUUGGAUAAUUUGGACACCUUGUUGCCUUCGUUAUCCCCAUCCAGUCAAAGUAGCAAUGCUUCUCCGGUUCAUUUUGAAGAUGAGAUUAAACUUGAGCCAAACUUCUAUGUUUUGCGUAAGUUUCAAGGCCUAAAAAUAAUUUUUAAAAAUAUUUUUUUCAGAAUCAAAAGAUCCAUUGAUUGUUCUUGAUAAUGGUGGAGUCAGAGUUUUGCUCUAUUCCUGCGAUAAGAAUUUCUCAUAUGUUGUCGCAAUCUUUAAUUCAAAUGUUGAGGAGCUCAAAGAUGUUUCUCUUGAAUUCAAAACAUCAGAUAAGGUAACUUAGUUCCCAUGUUUCUCAUAUAUCUUUAUUUUUUCCAGAAUGCAACUGUUCGCCUUCAAAAAUUCAAGAAAAACUUGAAGGGAUUCGAUCUCACUGGCUCUCAAGAAUCAAUCAAUCUUUUGAUGAAAAUCAUUCCAUUCAAAGAUGUCAAAGAAGUCGACAUUGACUUCUCAUUGAACUAUGUUCGCAAAACUGAGCAAUCGAUAAGCGGCAAUUUCUUAUUGCCCCUCCGAUAAAAAUCCAGAAAAAAAAUAACAUUUCUUCCAAAUAUCAUUUUAUUUCGCCCGUCUAACGAUAUGUAUGUAUAGAUUUUUCCCCUGUCUCCUGGUUCGAUUUAUUUAUUUGUCUUCAUUCUUUUUAUUUUUCUUACACUGUGGGAAUUUUGCUUUUAGUUCUUUGGUUAGCAGCAAACCUUGUGAUGUGUUUCUUUCUAAAUAUUGGAAAAUGAAUAAAAAUUAUUGGUGUUCAGAGAAUUUCAGAUAUUCGUGAAGCUUCGUUAGUUUUCUCAAUUUUUCAUGUUUGUCUUGUAAUCAGAAAGAAAAUCUUUAUCAUUUCAAGAAGAAUAAUCAAGUUUUCAGAAAAUUUUGAAACAAUCUUUCAAAAAAAUCUACAACUGUUUACAAAACACUUGUAAGUACAUAUUUUCCUCUCUGAAAAAAUAGUUUCCGCAAAAAUAAAUCACCACAUGAUAUUUUCAGUUUCCCACUUCCAUUGAGUAGAACCUCGGUAGGGACUUUUGCUAAAUCUGAUUCAACAGUCGAAAAUUUCUUCUGUGUUUGAAAAAUUCUAACUCAAAAUUGAAUGAAUAUUUGUUCCUUCUUUCUGAAUUUUCUCAUGAAAAAUCGAUGAUUUCCAAAUGUUGUCUUCGAUUUUCCAAUAAACAAUUUGGUUUUCUCACAUUAUUAUAAUUCAAAUCAAAUUCCUCUCUUCGCGCCUGACGAAACGUGUCCAAAAAGGAUACUGUACAAAAAUUUUCAUAUAAAAAUUCCCACCCAAACCAAAAUUUCGAUUCAGGCGGGAAGCUAAUAAAAAUUUUCAAAUUUUUUUUAUUUCACUGCACAUUUUUUUUCACGAAAAAGUGGAGUGUUCAUUGACUUUCAGCGGAUUUUGAUGAAAAGAUUCAAAAAUGUUCAGAAUUUCACGCUGCACAAUUGUUAUUCUUAAAAAAUUUUCACGCUGCACAAAAACUUUGGGACACUCUCUCGCCAAGUGUGCCUCUCUUCCAUAUUCUUCUCUCGAAAUAUUCCCUCCCAUGAUUUCAUCAAAAACGUUUCCCAAACGACACUCCUUCAUCGCGUUGCAUAUUGUUUAGCGAGCGUCCCUGUGAGUUGUCUCAUUCGAGCGCAUUUCCUCCCCUCUCCCCCCUCGUUCACUAUUUUUUCCUUCUUAUUUUUUCCGCCUCGCUAACCUUAUCAAUAAAUUCUUUCAUUUUAUUUUUCUCAAACCACCAAAAUUUUAUUUUCAUCUGUCUUUUCGUUUUUCAUUUGUUAUGUUGCAUUUAUUUUUUUGAAGAAAAAAUAUUUUUCCAGGUAAAAAUGCCCAGCUUUACUCAACGUGCUGAUGAGAGCAGUGGAAUGGUCUUGCUUUCGGGCAAUUCGCAUCCAGAUUUGGCGAAACUUGUUUCAGAGUAUGUUUACUUAUAGAAUUCUCAAGGAUCUUUAUUAAAAAUCAAUCAAUAUAUUAUUUUAGCCGUCUUGGUAUUCGCCUUGGAGAUGCAACUGUUUACAACAAAACAAACAGAGGUAUAUUGUUUUUCGUAAAUCAAUAAAUAUAUUUUGUUCUAUUUUCAGAAACUUCUGUUGACAUCAAACAAUCUGUUCGUGGAAAACACGUCUUCAUUAUUCAAAGUGGAUCCAAGUAUGUUUGACAGCAUUGAAACAUCAAAAAACUAUUUUUGAUUGUUUCACUAUGAAACAAAAAAAAUGAUAAGAGUGCAUUGGAUUAAAAAAAACAUUUAUUGAUCGACUAAUGUUUUCAGAAAUGUGAACAAUGAUGUUAUGGAACUUCUCAUCAUCAUCUAUGCUUGCAAAACAUCCAUGUCAAAAACAAUCACAGUUAUUAUGCCAUAUUUGCCAUAUUCGAAACAAUGUCGUAUGCUCAGAAGAUCAUCAAUUCCAAUGAAAUUGAUUGCUGAAAUGAUUUGCAAAGCUGGUGCAAGUCGAUUGGUUUCACUUGAUUUGUACAAAAAGGAGAUUCAAGGAUUCUUCUCAUGCCCGGUUGACAAUUUGAGAGCUUCGCCUUUCCUUUUGCAAUACAUCAAGGAAUAUGUGAGUUUUUUUAAAAAUAAUUCUCUUGAGAAAAUAUAGGUAUAGCUUGUAGUUUUUUAUUUUGAAAAAUCGAGAGAAAAUAUUUUUAGCUAAUUUAAUUUCCGCUAUAAUCUUCUUUGAUUUCAAAUUUCAUUCACAUUUUUUCCAGAUUCCUGAUUACAAAAACGCGAUCAUUGUGGCCAAAUCACCUGGUGUCAUGAACAAAGCGACUUCUUACGCGGAUCGCCUUAGACUUGGUAUGUUUUUUUUCAGAAUCUUUAUAUUGGAAUCUCAUAAAUUCCAAAUUCGACUGAUUAAAUUUUUCAGGUUGUAAGUUUUUAUAAAACUAACAAAUCUCCUAUCUGGUAAUUUUAUAUCUAUAUACUUAUCAUUACAAUUUUCUCAACUACAAUUUUCAUAAUUAUACAACAUAAUCCAAAAACAUUCUCAAACCACACUUGCACUUGUUGUGUCUUUCCAACUUCUUCCUCUUCUUUCUCUAGUGACAAACAAAUACAAAAUGUAAAAUGUGAUCACAUCUGAUUAGCACUUGCAGAAAUACAAUUAGAUGUUGUUUUGGUGAAAAGAGUUUUGUGAUUUCAGGUGUGGCUGUUAUUCAUGGUGAGCAAAAAGAUUCAGAAGAAUCGGGACUCGAAGAUGGUCGCCAAUCACCACCACCUAAUUUGGCUACUUUCGAGCUUUUCCCAUGUAAGUUGAAAGAAAAAAUGAAAACCAAUACUAUGGUUGGGUUGGAUGGGACAUUUUUGAAACAAAAACGGGCUGAACCAAAUUUUGAAAAAAAACAAUCCAAAAAUCAUUUGGGAGAACUUUUCUUCACACAUUUCCAUUUUUUUUAUCUUGGCUAAGAAUGUUCUUUUGAGAUUAUCUUUGAGAUCAGUAGAAUCCAAAUUCAUUCUGAAUACUCUCACCAACAUUUGAAAUCUAAAUUUUAGUAGUUGAAUAAAAUAUAAAAUUUGAUUAGGUUGGUCAAAUUUCAAGAUCAAUUUUAGUUCUAUAAUUUCCAAAUUUUUGUCCGAUCUUGGCCAAGUGAUAAAAGAUCUGAAGUGUUCCAACGAUUGUCUGAACCCUAUUUCCGAAAGUCCUAUUCCGAUCAUCCUUGAAGACCACUUCACCAUUAUAAAUCAUCAAUUUCUAGCUCAACAACCAAAACAAAAGCCUCCACUCAGUGUUGUCGGAGAUGUUGGUGGAAGAAUCGCAAUCAUGGUCGAUGAUAUCAUUGACGAUGCACAAUCAUUCGUCGCGGCUGCCGAGGUUUUGAAAGCCAGAGGAGCCUACAAGAUUUAUGUGUUGGCUACACAUGGUGUUCUCUCAUCUGAUGCUCCUGCGCUUCUUGAAGCCUCGCCAAUUACUGAGGUAAAUUUUGAGGAUAAAAUUUCAGUAGUGUUAAAGAUUUGUUAAGCCAAUUUAAUCUUGAACCUAGAUAUCCAAUCUCAAAGGUCAUCGUACUUUUUCUAAUUAAGCCAUAAGCUCUUGGUUUUAGAGAAAAAAUAUAUAUCUCUAUGGUUACAUCCCGUAUAUAUUUAUGUAGAUUUCUAUGGUUUCCCAAUGAAACCCCGAAAUAUAUUACCCUUCAAAUGCGUUGAGCAGCAAAAAUGCUCCCAGAAAUAUUUAUUUCGAAAAAAUCUUUGCCCUCUUUCAACUGUUUGUUUAUUUUGGAAGUGACAGCUUUUGUGAAAGAUGAGAAUUGGCUUCUAAUGCGCAAUGAAAACUUUAGAGAAUGUUCAGUUCUAAAAGUCUUGUUCAAAAUAACAUGGCACGCCCUUUUGAACAUCAGAUUCGAGAGAUACGCAGAACACAUCUCCAAGAGUAGUACAAAACAUCGUAGUUCAGUCUCGAAUUUUUGUUUUGACGGGAAUAAUAUUUUUACCUUUUUUUGAAUUUGAAAAAUGUUUUCCCGCGCUAUAUAGUUUCCGAAUUAAAUUUCAUUCGUUGGAUUUCUCUUUAAGAAUCUUCCCGCUUUCUCAAAUUACCCUAUAGAAGGCCAACCAUAAAAAUGAAAAAAAUAAAAUAAAAAUGAACAUAUAAAAAGUUUGCUGCGCUAUGACGUAAUAUUCUCUUGUCCUUUCCCGUUUGGAAAACGGAUGAAAACCACAGAUUAACAUUUUGCUAUAAUGAAUAUGUAGUCUUGAUAGAAAUGUGAAAAUCACAUGUGAAAAUGUGUUAUUUUAUAACUUUUUCCUUGAGAAAUAAAACCAGAGAGAUUAGAAUUUGAUCAUACAUAUUUUGCAAAACGAAAUGAAAUCUGAUUGAAAUUCCUUAUCAAAAUGUUUGAGAUAAAAGCAGAACAAAACGAAACAAAUAAAUCAAAUGUUGCGUAUAAGAUAUGUCACGUUCAAUAUUUUUAUAGGUAAUUGUGACAAACACUGUUCCUCACGAUUUACAAAAAAUGCGUUGUCACAAAAUCAAAACUGUUGACAUUUCACUUAUGCUCUGCGAAGCAGUUCGUCGUAUUUAUCACAACGAAUCCAUGGGUCAAUUAUUCCGCGAUAUCACUUUGGAUGAUUGA